UCUGUGAUUUUCGCGCCAAAUUCAUUAUCGCGGGAAGAAGUAAAGGUCUGAGAAGCCACUGUUCGUUUGAAUUACCAAAAUGUCGGGUUUUGACCAAGGAGAGAUCUUUGUAAGCGAUCCAUUUGGAUCAGAGGACCAGUCAGAUGAGCGAGAUCUCAACCGAGUGUCUGCAAAGAAGAGAUUCAAGGAGUUUCUUCGUGAAUUUCACGAGGGAACGUUUGCAUUCCCUUACCGUGACCAGCUGAAGCAGCAUUAUAACCUUGGUCAGUACUAUCUUGAGGUAGACCUCGAAGAUCUCAGCAGUUUUGACGAGAACUUGGCUGACAAGCUUCGCAAGAAUCCUAGCGAGUACCUACCGCUGUUUGAGACUGCAGCUAAGGAGGUGGCAGAUGAGGUCACGCGACCACGCCCCAUCGAAGAGGAAGAGGUGCAGGACGUCCAGAUCACCUUGAGGUCUGGCGCCAACCCUUUCCAGAUCCGUGAGCUUAGAUCAGAACACAUGGCUGCUUUGGUCAAAAUCCCUGGAAUCAUCAUCAGUGCUUCAUCUAUUCGAUCAAAGGCAACUAACAUCACAAUCCAAUGCAGAUCAUGCCAAAACACUAUCUCUAACAUCCCCCUGAAGCCUGGUCUGGAGGGGUAUGCAAUGCCACGCAAGUGCCCAACAGAUCAGACCGGUCGUCCGCCCUGCCCCUUGGACCCCUUCUUCAUCAUGCCAGACAAGUGCAAGUGUGUAGACUUCCAAGUGCUCAAACUACAAGAAUCACCAGAUGCUGUACCUAAUGGGGAGAUGCCACGCCACAUGCAACUCUACUGUGACAGAUAUUUGACAGAAAGAGUUGUGCCUGGUAACAGAGUCACCGUCAUUGGAAUCUAUUCAAUCAAGAAAGUUGCCCAGAAGGCAAACAAGGAGCGUGAUGCUAUUGGCGUUGGGAUCAGAAAGCCAUACCUACGUGUGGUGGGAAUCUACGUUGACACAGAAGGCCCUGGGCGCAGCACUGGUGCCCCCAUGAACCCUGCCGAUGAGGAAGAGUUUCGCCGUCUUGCCACCAGGCCUGAUGUAGCAGAUGUCAUUGCAAGAAGUAUUGCUCCGUCAAUUUAUGGAAGUGUGGAUAUUAAGAAAUGCAUCGCUUGCUUGCUGUUUGGAGGAUCCAGAAAAAGACUGCCUGAUGGCCUUACACGCCGUGGUGACAUCAAUGUCUUGUUGCUUGGUGACCCUGGUACGGCAAAGAGUCAGCUUCUGAAGUUUGUUGAGAAGGUGUCGCCUAUCGGUGUCUACACUUCAGGAAAGGGUAGCAGUGCUGCUGGUCUGACAGCGUCAGUUAUGAGAGAUCCUGUCUCGAGGAAUUUUGUGAUGGAGGGUGGAGCCAUGGUGCUGGCUGAUGGCGGAGUUGUCUGCAUUGAUGAGUUUGAUAAGAUGAGGGAAGAUGACAGAGUUGCUAUACAUGAAGCGAUGGAGCAGCAGACCAUCUCUAUUGCAAAGGCUGGAAUUACUACUACUCUAAACUCAAGAUGUGCAGUAUUAGCUGCAGCAAAUUCAGUGUUUGGGAGAUGGGAUGACACCAAGGGUGAUCAGAAUAUUGAUUUCAUGCCAACUAUCCUCUCCCGAUUUGACACUAUAUUUAUCGUGAAGGAUGAGCACAACCAAGCCAAGGAUAUUCACCUUGCCAAACACGUAAUGCAAGUCCAUCUGAACGCUGCCCAGACAACUCAGGCAAAUGAGGGAGAGCUGAGCCUUAGUUUCUUGAAGAAAUACAUUAGCUAUUGUAAAAGUAAAUGUGGGCCUAGGUUAUCGGAGUCUGCUGCAGAAAAGUUGAAGAACCGUUAUGUGUUGAUGAGAAGUGGGGCUAAAGAGCAUGAGAGAGACACAGAGAAAAAGAUCAGCAUUCCCAUAACAGUACGGCAACUGGAAGCUAUCAUCCGUAUCUCAGAAUCUCUAGCAAAGAUGAGUCUCUCGCCAUUUGCAACAGAAACGCAUGUUGAUGAAGCACUUAGACUGUUCCAGGUGUCAACACUUGACGCAGCCAUGUCAGGAAGUCUAGCAGGUGCGUCAGACUUCACCCCUGAACACGACAUGCAGGAGAUCCGACAGAUUGAGAAGCAGCUCAAGCGCAGAUUUGCAAUCGGUACUCAGGUGUCAGAACAGAGGAUUAUAGCAGACUUUCUGAAACAGAACUACUCUGAGCGUGCUGUGCAGACAGUGCUUUAUAUGAUGAUCAGGAGAGGCGAGGUUGAGCACAGACUUCAGCGCAAAGUCCUGUACCGUGUCAGAUAGUACUCCUUUUGGGGAUGAAGCCAUAUCGCUAUCGACCUUUUAGAACACAGAUAAUUCACUUAAACAGAUAGCAUUUGUGGAAAGUAAAGACUUAUAUGUUGCAAGUGUAAAAUGCCAGGGCAUUUGACACCAACCUGCAAAAGUAUGUUUUCCAUUGUCCAUUUAAGGUCAUGGUAUUAAAGUGAUUUUCAUUAUAAACCUGUAAACUACACUUGAGCGUAUUACACGUUAUUGAGAUCUAAUUCCAUUGUUCUCUUUUAUUGACUAUUACACUUUGACUGCCACACUUUGUUUCGAGGGUUAAUGAAAACCACUCUUAAGGCACAAUUUAAAUUGUGCAUUGCAAGGCUUUGUAAUUUCUGUUUAAUAUUUGAACUGAACUUAUUAAAAAUAAGUUUAAAAAGGA